GAUGAGGAGCUGGGGAGAGGCCUGGGUCACUCGGGGUCGAGAGGUGGUGAAAGGGGGGCUAACGGUGAAGGAAGUCCGCUGCCUGCCCAGGAGGACCCCUCGGAUCCUUGGCGGAGGAGCUCUAAGAGCUGCGAGUGGGUUCUGCUGAGGAAAGGAGGCUCCAGGCUUCACUCGGGGGCGCCUUAGAGGCCCCGGCUAUUCAGUUCAGGGGAAAAGAGGCAGGUGUUUCCCCAAAGGCGUGGUGACAGGUCUGCAUGAUGGGAACAGGGGACAAAGAAGAAGGGCUCCUGAGGGAAGCGAGCAGGCCCUGCCCUCCCCGAGACGAGACGGCAAUAAAGAAGACACCUGAGUCUCCAGAGGAAGGCAUGGAAAGGGUCCAGAUCUGUGAGGGAAUAAAUUAGAGAUUUGAGUACCUCCUGAUAUUGUAAGUAGAGAACAGGGUAAUCUGGUAUGUCAGGGGGUAGGGAAACCCAUGGUUUUGAGGACCGAAGAGAAGAGUACUCCUUUCUGAAAUGACGGGGGAAUUGGCCUGGUGUCUCCUCACUGAGGGGCAGGAAAGGUAAAGGCAGACUCUUACUUGAGAAUCCUGGAGUGUGAUCCACCCAGACUAAGGCAGCUCAAGUCUUGACCUGGGGAUCAUGAGAGAGCUUAAUUCUCAAAGGAGCAGUAGGAGACCUGCAUUCUCCUCUCAAGAUUAAAAAACACAUCCCAACACACACAAAAGGGGCUUUGACUCGAGUCUGUUUAGGAGAACCAAAAAGUGGGGUUUUCUACCUUAACCUGGAGGACUAAGGAAAGGAUCAGAUAAUUGUAGUCUCACAGAAGGGUUGGUUUGCCUCUGCUAAUGGUUACCAAAGUGCUUUGGGGGGACUUUUCCAUUAAAUGUUUGGACUGACUCCCCUGAUUAGUCAGCUUUUUACCAAUCAUAUAUAUUUAAUGUCUACUGACUUGAUGACUUUUUCAUUAGUUGCUAAUCAACCACUUACUCAUAUUUACUUCAACAAACAUAUUUAAUAGCUAACUUGUACUCAACUUCAUUGAUUUAGUUUGGGCCAUAUUUUGAUCUUGUCCUAAGCUGAAGUCCCCUUGACUAUAGAAAACCGUUUUAUGCUGUUGCUUCUCCAAACACUUACAUAGUAGUUACCAAUUUGUGAUUUAUCCCAAACUUCAUUUGCUCUGGAUAUUUCCCUUACAGUGGCUCUGUGUAGUGAUCUUGUUGGCUUCAUUACAUCUAGUGAUCACCUGCUAAAUACAUGAGAAGGAAUAAAGAAGGGAAAAAAAAAUCAAGGAGUUUUGGCCUCAAUAAAAUUUUAACUUGGAAAUUUCUUAAGAACAGACUACACAGUCUACAAAAAUUACAAUACAGAAUAAAUGCAUUUUGGGGUUAGAAAAUUUCAGGAUAUCUGGUAUUUCUAUUAUUCCUUUUCAGGUACCAACUCUGAUGCUCAAGUGAUUGUGUGGCAUUUGUGCUUACAUCUUGCCAUAUUUAAACAGUUCUGGGGACACAAAAUGAGUUUAAUCCAGAGUAGGUCAUAUGUCAUUUCUUUCAUUUCUCAAUAGUUUAUGUGACUAGUCAUGUGCUUAUUUUCAAGGAGUCUUAUACUACAAAUAAUUCUCCCUUUUCAUUUGACGUAUUUCUUUCAUGUGUGUACUAGAAUUACAGAAUGUUGUGUGAUUCCACAAUGAAUACUCUAGGCUCCUUCCAUAAAAUACCCAAAAGAGCAACUCAUCUUGCCUUAGGAGUUUUUGUUGCUAUAAACAAGAGCUUCUUUUCAGUUUACAUUCAGCUCAAAGAGAUGACCUUGCAAUUAGCCAGUGUAGUCUGCAGAGCUGGUUCAGGUUACUUGCUAGGAAUAUUGUAUUUAGGAUAAUAAGAGGUAUUCAACCCAAACUUGCUUCUCCAAAGAAUGUAAGAAUUGCCAUCUUGGAUCAGACCUGUGUCUCUAACUGACACUGGGAGACAUUGUGAAUGAUUAUAAUCAUCUCUGAUAAACUCUCAGAAGGUUAGAGAAGCAGCCAGAACAUUCCUCUUCAGUUCCAAGGUGUGGGAGGGGUCAGGAGUAAAAUAUGAGUUUCUAUUGAGGAACGUAUUAAUCAAGAAGUCAACCACUUAUGAAGGGUGUUGUAGAGAGGACUCAGCCUUAAGGUAGAAGGUUGAAACUAGAAGCAUCCGUCUAAUUUUGCUUCUCUACCUCAUUAAUUUAUCUUAGCUAUUAAUUUUUUAACAUUUAAACCACUUUUUGGAAUAAUAAAUUCACUACGAUUGAUACAUGCUGAAGUAUUACAUCUUUUAAAUUUAUUAAGUAAGUAACAGAAUAGUCCUUGACAGCAAACAAGUUGUCCAACACAUGUUAGAUGUGGUUAUUUAAAUUCACCCUACAUUUUUAUGCUUCAAGCUUUGAAGAUAUCUGUUGGUUCAAUUAUCCUAGAAUUUGAUAACAUUUUUAUGCUACAUCAUAUCCUUUAUUGGCUUCUAGACUCAAGGGUCCUAAUCAUUUUAGUUUUACUGCUGGCAGCCAGCCAAACCCAGUCCAUUGAUUCUUUUUUCUACCCCCUAGCUUUAAACCUUUAAUUCACAGAAGUUCAGAUUGUAUAUUGUAACAUCUUGCAAUUUUCUCUAGCAUGUGACAAUGUCAUGCAUCUCUUUCCCUUCCAUAGUUCCUUAUGAGCUGAUACUAUUCCUUAUGAGCUGAUAACUAUCCCUUUUUAUGUCCAAGGGCCCUAAUUCUGUGUGACGUGUAGUAGAGACUCAAUAAAUACUUGCUGAACUGGCCAUAGUGAUGGGCAAUAAGCAAGGCAGCUUAGCCUGAGCAAAUUUAUAUUCCCUAAGUUAAAAACGUAGAAACUUCUAGAAGUAUUUUAGGGUAAGGUGAGUCACUCAUUGCACAAAAAUUUAUUAUAUACCUGCUAUGUAUCAGGUUUUCUUAGAAAGUCUUAGGUAGGUGGUUUUGUAACUAGAAGUCUGAUAUUUGAAAACUGUUUAUUACACGUGUGUGUCCUGAGCACUGAGUUAGCAUGGAGGAGCCUGUUGGAAAAGAAGAGCUAUCCUUGCUCUCCCAGGAUGUGGUCCGGUGGGGAGAGGUUGACAGAGUGGGAUGAUGGUUGUGACAAGGGUGCUGCAGGUGCUGAGGGAGCAAGAAUACCACUCAGAUCUAGUCAGAGAAGUCACAGACGGCCUCUCUGAGGAAGUGAUGUUUUAAAUAAGUCACAAAAGUUUAGCAGUGACUAGCCGAAGAGGAAGGAAACGAGAAUUCCACAUAGAGCAAACAAGUGUGAAGGCUCAGGUGAGGAAAUAUGGCACGUUUGAGAAAUUGGAAAAAAUGCAAUGGCAGGAGCCUACAAAGUGAGAGGAAAAACUAUGGGAAAUGAGACUAGCAAGGUGGGUGGGGGACAGAUUCAGAGGGCUCUGUAAGCCACGUUAAGGUGUUUGCACUUUAUUCUAACAGCAAAGGGAAUGCACUGAAGGAUUUUUAAGUGGGGGAAGUUGCCUUUAGUAAGAUCAUUUUGCUCUGUAGAUAAUAGAUUGUCGAGCAAGACCAGAGAUUUAGGGUAGUGGUGAGAAGCAGCUGGAAAAAUCCAGGUAACAGUGUGUGCUCAGAAUGUGGUGGUGGCAGCUGGAGAGUAGGGGGUUGGUUAAAUGAGAUACACAGGGGAUAGAAUGGAUAGGAUGUGGUGAAUUUAGAAAGAGGAGUUAAAAAUAUCUACUUAGUUUCUGGCUUGAGAAAAAGGGUGGAGGGUAGUGCCAUUACUGAGGCAGGAAACAAAGGAGCAGGUUUGAGAGGAAACAGGAGUUCAGUUUGAAGUGCCUACAAGAUAUUUUAAGAGGCUUUUGGAUAUAAGAAGUGUUGAAGUAAGGAAAAAAGGUUUGAAUGUGAGAAUCAUAAGAGCAGAAGUCUAAGUCAGAUAUGAGGAAUAUUAACUAGGUCAAGUACAAACAAGAAUUGUUUGAACCAACAUAUAUCAGUGUGAAUAGCAGGGCUGUGGGAGGCAAGAUUUUUAGAUAAGCAGCACCUGCCCUCACAGAGUAUACAGUGCAGCUAUGAAGGUAGAUGUCUGAUUAGUUACCUGCAAUGCAAGGCACAGCGUGAUAAACUCCAGAGGAGAGCUGCAGGCCAGGUACUGAGGUACUACAGAAAGGAAAAUGGCUUAGCAGUGGCUUUGUGGAGGAGUGAGCUUUUGAACUGAGCCUCAAAGGGAGGAGGAGAUGAGGAAGAAAGGAGUUUGGGGCUUAUGGAAUAACAAAGGUACAGAAACCUGAAAGUACGUAUUAUUUGUUCAGAAUUCAGUAGGAAGUUGGCAUGGCUGGAACUUAAGAUUCUUGGGGUAUUAUAGUUGCAGAUAAAACUGGGAAAAAAAUUUGGGGGCCAAAUGAGGGAGACUUUGAGUGCUAUGUUUAAGUGUGAUGUAGGCAAAGAAUUGCUGUGGCAGAGCUGAGAUGUGGAUGCAGUUGUCUGAGUACCAGUUACAUAUUCAAACUCGCACCCAUUGUGAGUCUACACACAGUUCAGCACAGUCCUAAUCAUCUUUAAGUACUCAAAUAUCUAAGUAAAUACAGUGCUCUUAUCUAUAAUCUCUAAAAUGACUUUUCAACUGUGAAGACUAAUACUGCAGAGUAUCUUGGGGCCCUCUGAGUUUUCAUUAAGAUUGAGAUAAUUCUCUGAGUUACUCUGUGGUGCUGAACAGUAGUUGCCCCAACAGCUCUGCAAGGGAGAUGUCAGGCAAGAUCAUAUCUCCAUUCAGUCUGAGGCAGAGAGGUAGUAAGAUGUCCCUGGAGGUCAUACAAUUGGAUUCAGCAUUUAUUAAACAACCACACAAUGCAGAUCAUCUUUCUCUUCCCUUGAGCUUAGUUUAGUUAGUCAGCAGAUACUUAUUAAGAACUCAAAGGACAGUGCACUUGAUGAGGUGUAAUGGCUGGUUGCCAAGAAAAUAGGUGAUUCUUACUUUCUAGGCACUUACUGUUGGAGAUGGAACUGGUGUUGUGCUGUAAACCAGCUCUCUAGAAGAAAAAAAUACCCUGAUUUGUAGUGCUUGCCGGCUUCUAUGGUAUAUAUACUCCCAGCAUCACUGAUUUUGUGCUGCCCAAUUUGAUGUCAGUAAACUUGGAGUUGGGAAGAAAUGUGCACAGUCAGUUCUCAGGAGCUGAUAGAGCUGGCUCCAGCACACCACUGGCAGUCACAGCUAUCUGACUUCAUGUGAAAGAUGGCUAAUGCAGAAGUGAGUGUCCCAGUGGGGGAUGUGGUUGUGGUACCCACUGAAGGAAAUGAAGGGGAGAACCCUGAAGACACUAAAACUCAAGUGAUCUUGCAGUUACAGCCUGUGCAACAAGGUUUGUUUAUCGAUGGACACUUUUACAACAGGAUUUAUGAAACUGGGUCCGAGAACAACACAGCAGUUGUGGCAGUAGAAACUCACACGAUACAUAAAAUUGAAGAAGGGAUUGAUGCAAGCACCAUAGAAGCAAAUGAGGAUAUGGAAAUUGCUUACCCCAUAACUUGUGGGGAGAGCAAAGCCAUUCUCCUUUGGAAGAAGUUUGUAUGUCCAGGAAUAAAUGUAAAGUGUGUCAAGUUCAAUGAUCAGUUGAUCAGCCCCAAGCAUUUUGUUCAUCUGGCUGGCAAGUCUACCCUGAAGGACUGGAAGAGAGCUAUUCGUCUGGGUGGCAUCAUGCUCAGGAAAAUGAUGGACUCUGGGCAGAUUGAUUUUUACCAGCAUGACAAGGUUUGCUCCAAUACCUGCAGAAGCACCAAAUUUGAUCUUCUGAUCAGCAGUGCAAGAGCUCCAGUGCCAGGACAGCAGACAAGUGUGGUGCAGACACCCACUUCGGCCGAUGGUAGCAUCACACAGAUUGCCAUCUCAGAAGAGAGCAUGGAAGAGGCAGGACUGGAAUGGAACUCGGCUCUCACUGCUGCUGUCACCAUGGCCACGGAGGAGGGCACGAAGAAAGACUCAGAGGAAAUUUCAGAGGACACUUUGAUGUUUUGGAAAGGAAUAGCUGAUGUAGGACUGAUGGAAGAGGUUGUCUGCAAUAUACAGAAGGAAAUAGAGGAGCUACUCAGGGGAGUUCAGCAGCGGCUCAUCCAGGCUCCCUUCCAGGUCACAGAUGCUGCUGUUCUCAACAAUGUAGCACAUACAUUUGGCCUAAUGGACACGGUCAAGAAGGUUUUGGACAACAGAAGGAGCCAAGUAGAGCAGGGAGAAGAGCAGUUUCUCUAUACUCUGACAGACUUGGAACGCCAGUUGGAAGAGCAGAAGAAGCAAGCUCAGGAUCACAGGCUGAAAUCCCAGACGGUUCAAAAUGUAGUACUGAUGCCUGUGAGCACUCCUAAGCCUCCCAAAAGGCCCCGGCUCCAGCGGCCAGCCUCUACCACAGUCCUGAGCCCUUCUCCUCCUGUCCAGCAGCCUCAGUUCACCGUCAUCUCACCCAUCACCAUCACCCCAGUGGGUCAGUCAUUUUCCAUGGGCAAUAUUCCAGUGGCCACCCUCAGCCAGGGCUCCAGUCCUGUGACUGUCCACACACUGCCUUCUGGCCCUCAGCUCUUCCGUUAUGCCACAGUGGUCUCCUCUGCCAAGAGCAGCUCACCAGACACAGUGACCAUCCACCCUUCGUCUAGCUUAGCACUGCUAAGCUCCACCGCCAUGCAGGAUGGGAGUACCCUGGGCAACAUGACCACCAUGGUGAGCCCUGUAGAGCUGGUGGCCAUGGAGUCUGGCCUGACCUCAGCAAUCCAGGCUGUUGAAAGCACCUCAGAGGAUGGGCAGACCAUCAUUGAAAUUGACCCAGCCCCAGACCCAGAGGCUGAGGACACUGAGGGCAAAGCAGUCAUUUUGGAGACAGAGCUGAGGACUGAGGAGAAAGUUGUGGCUGAGAUGGAAGAACACCAGCAUCAAGUCCACAAUGUGGAGAUUGUGGUCUUGGAGGACUAACUGGGGAUCUGGGAGCCAGGAGAUAUGUUUCGGUUUGGAAUUUUUAAUUAUUUGUUUAUUUUUAUCAUUGUCCCACUCAUUUCCACAUAGGAUCCUUUUUUUUUUUUUUUAAACAAAAUCUCGUUGUUGUAACUGAAUAUGUUGGGUCCCUUCCACUCCCUCAUUGAAAAAUGGACAAAAACAAGCUGCCCUUCCAGAAGUUGAGAGUAGGUCACUCAAUGUCCUAAUCCUCUUACAGCAACAAAGCUAUUUCUUUUAGUAGAGACAUCAAGAUAACCAGAAACCCUAUCCAGAAAGCCCUUUCCAGGCUAGUCUGUAUGCAUGUGUUUUUAUUCUCAUAAAGUUACAUUGAUCAAACUCUGGAACACAGAUUUGACAUUAGAAGGCAAAGCACUCAUAUGUGGAUGCAGAAGGAUACUUUAUUUUGUAUCCUGGAAAGGGCCCUCAGAGGCCAAUGAAAACUCUCACACAAAAGUAAGUUGAACUCUGCUGGGAGGGGAAGGUAGCAUAGCAGCAGCUUAAAAAGGGAAGUGCUUUGGCCAGGAUGGGGCAAGGAAAUUAUCUCACUUCCAGAAGUGCAACUGAUGCCUCUUGAUAUCUCUGAGGGUUACCACCAUGGGUGCCAUUUUGAGGCAAGGCCAGUCAUAAGCAAAAGGGGUACAUUUCCACGGAGCAAGCAGCAGCAGGGGCCUGUAGCUUGGCAGAAAUAGAAAUCCAGAAAUGUCACAGCUGUGUUUUGGGAUUCAAGCUCACCUUGCCCCCUACUUUGUCAAAACACUUACCCUCCUAAACUGGGAUUAGUCCAUUCAUUUGCAAACUGUGUGUUGUGGCAUACUUUGCUCUGGUUCUGGGGGUGGGGCUCCAAGGCCAUCAUUUUUAUUGCAUGACUCUAGGAGCAAGGGAGUUCCUUAUCCAGACCAACUGCUCUUUUUGGUGGGGCCCUUUUUUGGCUUUGGAACCAAAUGCAGUCACUCAUUUGGUGCUUCCUCUUGUUCUACCCUCCAUCCCUCAAUGGUUUAUAGCAUCUGUCUCCUGGAUCCCACGCUCUUCAGCUUUUUGGCUGACUCAGAGAACAGUGACAGGUGCCUACCUGCCUUCAUUCUCUUUUAGAUUCAUUUAUGCCAUUUAUACCACAGAUGUUUCUGUGAGAUAUUGAGCUCAUAAAAAAAGCCUUAGGCUUGGCAGGGAAGACUCAAUACCCUAGCCUAUCCUGAGGCACCAAGUAGAUGUCUCCUCCUGAGCGAGCUGGACUCUCUGGGAAAGAAGCAUUGUUUGCAAAAUUACAUUACAGGAAAUGUACCAGGAAUGUCAAUAAUAAUGUCUUGGGGGGUUUAUUUUGUUUGUUUUUUUCUCUUCUCUUUUAAUGUUUUUGUAUAUUUAGAGCUGGGCCCAUUUUUCAUGCUGUGAUUUCUUCUCUUUGACCAUCUUCAGUGUUUGGGGCAAGAGCGGACCCUGGUUUUUAUUUCUUUGAUUGCACUGUUUACUGCACUAGGAGAAAUAUAGAAACUGCAGACAACUUAAAAGAAAAAUAGGUCAGCAAAGAGAAAGCACACACCUUAGGAGUGGGAGGGUUGCUUUUGGUUUUUGGUUUUUUUAAUUAAAAGCAAAACUUUGACCUGUA